CUCUGCAGCUGUCCUGACUGUGAGUCUGGCUUAUCUAAAUCAGCUUCCAGGAUGUCCCAGCAACAUACUCUGCCAGUGACCCUGCCCCCUGACCUCAGUCAAGAGCCCCUCAAGCCUGUUUCUCCUCCCAUAAAUACCCAGCAGGAGCAAGUGAAACAACCAACUUCACUACCUGCCUUGUGCCAGAAUAUGCCCUCCAAGCUCCCAGGGGAGGUCCUCUUGGAGCAUGGGGAGAAACACGCCACUCUUGUGAAGGGGGUAUCUGAGCAACAAGGUGAGCCACAGCAGCAGGAACAGCAUCUGGAACAGCAGCACCAGCAGCAACAAGAAUCACAGCAGCAGGAACAGCAUCUGGAAGAUCAGCAACAGCAGCAGCAAGAAUCACAGCAGCAGGAACUGUGCCUGGAACAGCAGCAACAACAACAAGAAACACAGGGACAGAAGCUGUGCCUGGAACAGCAUCUGGAGCAGCAGCAGCAGCAGCACCAGGAGUCACAGAAGCAAGAACUGCACCUGGAUCAGCAGCAAGAAUCACAGGAACAGGAACUUCACCUGGAAGAGCAUCUGGAACAGCAGCAGCUGCAAGAGUUACAGGAGCAGGAAUUACACUUGGGACAGCAUCUGGAACAGUGGAAGGAGGAGCUACAGGAACAGAAAAUACAACAGCAGCAGCAAAAGGAACAGUGUGAGGAACAUCAGGAAGCAAAAAAUCUGGAGCAGCAGCUGGAGCAGGUGAAAGCACAAAGGAAACAGCAGCAAAAGGAAGAGCUAAAACAGGAAAAAAAGUUCUUGGACCAGCAACAGGAUCAAGAGCUAGCAAAGAGAAAUGAGCCACUGGAAAAGAAAGAAGACCAGCUCCUAGAACAACAGGAGCAGCAGCCAGAGCCAGCAGAGCAGCAGGAGGGGCAGGUGGAUCAGCCUGCAAUUGUCCCAGCUCCUGGUGAGGUCCAAGAAACCCAGCUGGUUCAGCCACUGAAGGGAGAAGUCUUACCCCUGACAGAGCAGCAACAGCAGAAGCAGAAGGUGUAUGGCCCCCCAAAACAUAAGUAAGCACCCCCUAAUGUUCCAAAGGCUCUCAGGCCAUCCCACAGAAGUGAAGAAAGAGCCAGUGGCCUCACUAAUCUCAGGUCCCCAGCCUGGGAGGCCUGCCUCAUCUGUGAACCUGCCUGACCCUGUCCUUCUGUUUCUUCAAUGGGGCUGAGGGAAGGGGAAGGUAUUGUCCAGGAACCACCCCUGAUGAGCUCAGUCCCAACCUCUGGUGGCCAGAACCUCUGCCUGAAGAGACAGUUACUACACUAACUCUGACUUUGUUCCCAUUAUUAUAGUUGAAUAUGUGA